ACAACCACCGUUACCUCCUUAGUAUUUACAGUCUAUGGUUACCUCUCUGUACACUAACAAGGAAGUCGACGCAUUUAAAAGACGGACAAACAAAUCUAAUCUACAUUUGUAUUUAUAUAUUUUUUUAAAACGUUGUUUUCCCGCGUCACCUGCCAGCCAAAUAAAUCGGUUUGUACCGGAUUCUUCUUAGGAGCUAACGUAGGUUAGCACAACAUUAGCUGGCUAACCGACUGAUUCACUUACAGCAAGGAAGUUUAAUAUUGAACAAGAUGAGUGAACAGCUCAAGUUCAUCGUUGAGCAGCUGAACAAGGAUCCAUUCAAGAAGAACUUUAACCUCAUCACGUUUGACUCUCUGGACCCGAUGCAGCUGCUGCAGGUUUUAAACGACGUCCUGGCUGAAAUAGACCCCAAGCAAGCUAUAGACAUCCGUGAGGAAAUGCCUGAGCAGACAGUGAAGAGGAUGUGCUCUCUGCUGGGCAUGCUGAAGUACAAACCUCCUGGAAACCUCUCUGAUGUGAGCAGCUUUAGACAAGGUCUGGUGACGGGCAAUAAGCCUGUGGUUCAUCCGAUCCUCCACUGGCUGCUCCAGCGGCUUCCUGAGCUCAAGAAGCGGGCGUAUCUGGCUCGAUAUCUAGUCAAACUGGAAGUGCCUGCAGAGUUCCUGCAGGAUGAUGUUAUCAACGACACCUGUCACCAGUAUGAAGAGCUGGUGGAAGGCUUUAAGACAUAUCACAAGGAGUGUGAGCAGUUACGGACGUCAGGCUUCUCCACAGCAGAAAUAAGAAAGGACAUCGGCUCCAUGGAGGAGGAGAAAGACCAGCUGAUCAAACGUGUGGAGAGACUGAAGAAGAGGGUGGAGUCAGUGGCCAGCCAUCAGCGGAUGCUGGAACAGGCCCGACAGCUGCGGGUGGAGAAGGAAAGAGAAGAGUCUCUGACGCACCAGAAGCAAGAACAGAAGAACCAACUGUUCCAGGCAGAGCAGAGGCUGCAGAGAAACCAGCAGCAGUUGAAGGAUUUGCGCCAGUCUUCAGCAGAUUCCAAUCCAGAGAGCUUAAUGAAGAGGCUUGAAGAGGAGAUCAGAAUCAACUCCUACAUGGUCUCUGAGAAGCUCCCCAAAGAGCUGGAGGGUAUGAGGCGUACAGUCCAGUACCUGCAGAAAAUCACUUCAGAGCCUGCUAUGGGCCAGGCCGAUCUCCAGGAGCUGGAGGACCGGAUAAAAGGAGUUGAUUCUCAGAUAAACCAGCUGAUUGAAAAGAGGAUGAUGAAAAACGACCCCAUGGACGACAAAAUGGCUCUGUACAGGCAACAGGCCUCCAUCAUCAUUCGCAGGAAGGAGUCGAAGGCGGAGGAGCUCAGGGAGGCGAGGGAGGAUCUGGCUGCAGCAGAGAGGGAGCUGAAGCAGAGGAGCAGCCAAUCACAAACCUCAGAUGGUGAAGAGGUCAUCCGGGGUGAUGAGCUGAAACGUUUGGUGAUGAAACUGCGCAGCAAGGGAACGGUGUUCAAGAAGAAACGCCACGAAAUGGCUGAGCUGAAAGCGGAAUUUGGGGUCCUGCAGCGUACAGAGGAGAUUCUCAAGCAGAGACACGAGACCGUCCAAGAGAAACUGCAAACUCUGGAAGCGGAGAAAGGCAUAUCUGGCUACAGUACCACACAGGAGGAGCUGGAGAGGGUGUCAGCCAUCAAGAGUGAGCUGGACGAGAAGAAGGGCCGCACACUGGAUGACAUGUCUGAAAUGGUGAAGAAGUUAAACGCUCUGAUAAUGGAGAAGAGAUCCGCCCUGGCACCAAUCAUUAAAGAACUGCGCACACUGAGACAGCUGGGUCAGGAACUGAGCCAGGAGUAUGACGAGAAGAAGGUGCAAUAUGAGAGUUGCACUGCUGGUCUGGAGAGCAACAGAUCUAAACUGGAGCAGGAAGUGAAAGCAUUGAGAGAGGAGACAGCGCAGGAGGAGAACAGAUAUCAUUACAUCAACUCCAUGUCAGAGAUCAUUGAGAUGCAAAUACAGCGGGCGGCCGAAGAGAUGAAGGCGUAUGUGUCCUCUGAUCCGCAAGAGAAGAAGAAAGCCAUCAGGGAAGUGUACCUGAAGAACAUCUCAGAACAGGAGCUACUCGGCAAGAAGUUACGCGAGAAACAGAAGGUGGUGAGGGAGAGCCACGCCGCCAACAUGGAGCAGAUGACGCUGUGGAGGGACCUGGAGCAGCUGAUGGAGUGCAAGAGGCAGUGCUUCAUAAGAGCUCAGAGCCAGGCAUCCAUUGGUCAGGUGAUCCAGGAGGGCGGAGAGGAUAGGCUGGUGCUGUGAGGACACAUCAGGGCCGCAGGUCACCCACAGAGCAUUCAGCAACGCCUCCAUCUUCCACUAUAGCGUUGUUAUCCUCCUUUUGUUAGCGACCGCUAAGCUACAUUCACAGAACAGGAGUGAAGCCUCAUCAUUCAUAUUUACCUUUAUCUCCAGCUGCACAUCUGUGCACAGGGCGCCCAUCCAUCCUCACACUCUCGUCAAGCUUCAGGUCAUAUUUAAACGCGUAUGAUAUCCUCUUUGUUUCUUCUCGAUGGAGAUACCGUCAGAGGAACACAGCACCAGAGGCGUCAUAGGACACAGGUUUUCACUUUCUCUCGCCCCCCCAGGAGACGUCUACAUCUUUGAGAAUACACAUCCAUUCAAAGUGUUCAGAGAUAACGAUGAACAAAGUGCUGCACUUAGGCUGAGGCUGCUCUCGGGCUAUUUCGGGCGCCACUCUCAUGACCUUGGUCAGGGUGUGUGGAAACACUCGGACCCCCCCUUGGCUUUAAAGAGUGCAGGUGAAAAAGUCUCGUUAAUCUGCCUGUUUCUACUUUAUAUCCUGUAAUAGAUCCUCAAAAUAUUCAAUAUUCACAGAUGUUUACUGUCUUUCUAUUAAACAUAUUU